AUGUAUGGUUUCUUCCCAUUCAGUCCACUCAUGCGCGGGUGCCGGGAAGGCUGUCCCCUGGAUCCAGCAGGUUCUGAUAUGAUCGGUCCGGUGCUCAUCCUGCCGGCUACCUGCGUUCAACCAAAGCCACGUGUCCCCGAAAGGAAAGUCCUCUCCAAGACCUGCGAGUUGCUUCAAUGGACGUCCAUCUCCAACCAUUAUUCCAGACCGGAGAUUCCCGCCAUGGCACUGGCGCCUAAGGAAUCGCCGGUUUGCUCGGGGAGGCCGUCUUGUUCUGGAAUUCGGUUAGUGCCUUUCGCGCCAGAUUUUCAUACUGGACUUCCUUUCGGCGUCCGCGAGGGAUUUGGCCCUAUGGAACGGCCUUCUGACCGGCGUGUCAUCGAGGCCCCUCCUACUUUUUUCCCCUUCAUGAACGAAGACGAGGACAAAACAGGCCCGUCCUCAGGCUCACGCGCUAACACUAGUAAUGAUCUAUUUUGGACCGGGCGCGGAUCUGAUCAAGAGCAGGAGGAUGUCGGUCAAUGCCGGGUUUACCGAAUGAGGGCAAGGUUGUCGCCUAGGCGUUUUCGGCCCUCAAAAUGGCCCCUUCGUUCUUCCCUCUCGUCUUUCCCCCUUUACCUGGGUUCCUCUUCGAUGGUCCAAUGCCCACACGAGGAGAUGUGGCUAUGGGUAGGCGCAGCAAUGGCUGGUUGCAGUCCUGAAACGAUGGGGUCGUUUUCACCUGUGUUUCACCUAUAG